GAAUUCCUAUCUUUUCCAUUCUACCUGGGAAGGCUGGGAUCCAAACGAGAGGCUCACAAAACAUACCUAUGAAACAUACUGAUUAUUUUUCACUUUCUCAGUUUGUUGUUUGCUCAACUCCAAAGUCUCGUACCACGCAGUAACAGAUUGUGGAGGAAAUGCCACUUCUUCAGUUUCCUUCUUCUGCUAAACUUGCCUUUUACUUUUCUUCACAACAAAAAGCAAGUGACUCUCGUAAUUGCCCUGUCCUGCCUCAAAGAAACUCGAGGCCUUUGGGUGUACCUUCGACACAUUCAAAUUUUUUGACCCCUAAAGUUCGUUGUUUGAAAGGCAGUGCUUCGACAGUAUCAAAUCAAACAUGUGAGGACAAAGUAUUAAAAGCCCUUACACAGAUAAUUGAUCCAGAUUUUGGAACUGAUAUAGUCUCAUGCGGGUUUGUGAAGGACCUCCAUGUUGAUGAGGUUCUUGGAGAGGUUAACUUUCGGCUAGAGCUUACGACUCCAGCAUGUCCGAUCAAGGACAUGGUAAAUGAAACACAAACACCGUUGUUUGAUCAAGAAUUGAUGUGUUGUAUCAAGUGUUUGAGCAGAGGGCUAAUGAAGUGGUUGCCGCACUCCCCUGGGUUAAAAAGGUGAAUGUGGAAAUGUCAACCCAACCUGUAAGAUCUGCUUUCGCUGGACAGCUUCCAUCCGGCUUGCAAAAAAUAUCAAAUAUAGUGGCAAUCUCAAGUUGCAAGGGAGGGGUGGGAAAAUCAACAGUUGCUGUCAACCUCGCAUAUACUUUGGCGGGUAUGGGAGCUCGAGUUGGAAUCUUUGAUGCUGAUGUUUAUGGGCCUAGUUUGCCAAUGAUGGUUUCCCCAGAAAACCGGCUUCUGGAAAUGAACCCGGAGAAGAGAAGCAUUAUUCCAACAGAAUACUUGGGUGUCAAGUUAGUGUCUUUUGGUUUUGCUGGACAAGGGCGUGCAAUAAUGCGAGGUCCAAUGGUGUCUGGGAUCAUCAACCAACUACUAACUACUGCUGAAUGGGGAGAACUGGACUACCUUGUUAUUGACAUGCCUCCUGGAACUGGUGAUAUUCAGCUCUCAUUGUGCCAGGUCGUUCCAUUGACUGCUGCUGUUAUUGUUACCACACCACAAAAGUUGGCAUUUGUAGAUGUUGCUAAGGGAGUUCGCAUGUUUUCUAAGCUUAAGGUGCCUUGUGUUGCUGUAGUCGAGAAUAUGUGCCACUUUGUUGUUGAUGGAAAAUUCCAUUACCCAUUUGGUAAAGGUUCAGGUGUUCAGGUUGUCCAGCAAUUUGGGAUCCCACAUUUGUUUGAUCUUCCUAUUACACCAACUCUCUCUGCUUCUGGAGAUAGUGGAAUGCCUGAGGUCGUUUCUAAUCCUCAAGGAGAUGUUUCCCAAACAUUCCAAGAGUUGGGGGUAUGUGUAGUACAACAAUGUGCCAAAAUCCGUCAACAAGUCUCCACUGCAGUAAGUUAUGAGAAAUCUAUUAAGGCAAUACGAGUGAGAGUGCCCGAUUCUGACAAAGACUUCUAUUUGCACCCUGCAACUGUGAGAAGAAAUGAUCUAUCUGCUAAAAGUGUGGAUGAAUGGACAGGGGAACAGGAGCUGGAGUACACUGAUAUACCAGAGGACAUUGAGCCUGAAGAAAUCCGACCCAUGGGGAACUAUGCUGUAUCAAUAACCUGGCCGGAUGGAUUUUGCCAGAUUGCACCUUACGACCAGCUGCAAACAAUGGAGCGGUUAGUCAAUCUACCUCAACCUAAGACUCCCACACAGGCAUGAUUGCAAGAAGAAAGCAGAUGCCGAUAGAUUUGAGGAAAUACUUGUGUUCUCAGCCUACGAGAAAAUAUAUUUAUUCGUAUUUCCUGGGGCUAGAAAUGCCUCUUUCUAUCAAUUUUGCAGGGCUAUGAACUUCUAAACUGUACAUGUCAUUUCAACCAAAAUUGUGUCCUAAGUAGUGUAUAUGCUGGUCUUACAUGUGGAAAUUGUAAAUUUGCGAUAAGCCCAAAUCUCGACCUCCAAUUUGAAGAACAAUACUCAGUACUAUUUACUUCGUUUGAUCCCAGGUCUGCCUUUUUUACUUCGAUCAUCAAAACGUGUUACAAUAACGAGUUAGCACUUAGCACAGUUUGGAGUUUGAUUUAAUUAUUUUGUAAUAUAAGUCUUGCAUAAAUAAUUCUCAGUAUGCAAAUUUGAUGCAAGAAACAUUUUUCAAUUACCA